GUUGCUUGCGUGUAAAAAAGUUAGAUGAAAAUAAUUGCAAUUGGAAUUUGGAAUAGAAUUUUAAAAAAUAUGAAUUCAAAAUUGUUAAUACAAAAUGUAGCGUUUUCUAUGAUUUGUUACAUGCUAAAUUAAUAGUCAUAUGAACAUUAAGAUCAAGAGUAUGAUCUGUAAACAGGACUGAUUAUUGUGUUCAACAAAAUUCCAAAAUGGUGAUACAGCGAAGUGCUAAUGUAAAUGAAUCGUCUACUACAAAUCCUAAUUCAGAAUCGAAUCCAAAUACUUCUUGGAGUGUCCAGGGACCAAAGACGUUAAAUAUACGCAUGACUGCCAAUAUGCAGGCUAAACCGCCUAUCACACGGCAAAUAGCCAUAAACACCUUAGCAGCUAUGCAUCGUAGAUUCAGUCUACCAGGUCCCGUGCAACCCCAUUCCAGACCUAUUGCCGAGUUUCGUGCUAGUGCGAAUAAAUCUCUUGAUAUGUUGCGACAAACCAUACAGUCAGCGGUAACUCGGGAAAUAGAUCAAGUCAUAAAGAAAUACCUGGAGAAAUUCUUUGUCCCUGCGGUGAAUAAUAUUAGAUUGAAUCUAGGCGAUGAGUCAGUUAGUGAAGAUCAGGUGCGAGCAGUUUGCAGAGCUAUGCUGGAUGCCACCCGUUUACUAUAUACUACCCCACCUAGAACAUUCCAAACAACACAAGAAACAACUGAUGAAGCAAGCCAAAAUAUAGAAAACAAAUUCAGUAAAUAUACUAGUGGCACUUCACAAAAUAAGAGGAAGGAGAUGGAGCUUGAAUUGGAUUUAAAGACCAAAAAAAUAAAGCAAGAGGAGGGUAGUGAUAGUGGUCGCUCUUCACCAAUAAUGUCUCCCGCAAUAAGAGACCCUGAUAAGUGGAACCCAGCUAGACUUACUCAGGAUACACUUUUUAUUAUGGGGUCACAUGCUCAUAAGGUACUUGGGCUUGGCAACUCUCGUGGUCGAUUGUACACUAGACAUGCUGGUCUCUUGAGGUAUCCCGCUGACAGCGCUGACAAAGAAUGGAUUGCCAGCCACAAUCUUGUUAAUGCUGUUGGUGGAAAAACUUAUAUCAUGGUCUUAGAAGAUAUAGAAGAGCUUGCUACUAGCGAUGCUUAUAAACAUAAUUCAUUGCCUCUACUUGGCGAAUUAACUGGGUUCAGAGUUCCACCUUUUAUGCUUAGAAAGAUAAAGGCGUAUGUGCUAAAAAGGGCUAUGAGUGGAGACUUAACUAAUGCGGAUAGUCCACAACCUUCCACCAGUAAUAAUCAAGAAGAUAAAUUUAAAAUAGAAGACAUAAAGAUCGAAGCUCAUGAUGAUUUCGAUUCGGCAAAUUUUAAUGCUAGCCAGUAUAUGAAUAGCUCGGAUGGCGCAGGUGUUUCCCAUGCUAAUGAUUUCGCGGACAUUAAAGUCGAGGAUAUUGAUGAUAUUAAAGUAGAUUCAAUCAAAAUGGAGGAUUUAGAUGAUAUGAAAGUUGAUGGAAUCAAAGUAGAAGAUUUAGAGGCGAAUGGAAUUAAAGUUGAAAACAUUGACGAUAUUAAUGUUGACACUAUAAAAGUCGAAGAUAUUAAAUUGGAAAAUGAUGAUGCGUUUGAUAUGUGUAAACAAUCAGAUAAUGAUGAAAGUAGUCUAGUUGAUGGCUUAUUGGAGGCAGAUAUCGAAUUCCUGAGUCGUAAUUUAGGCAAUAUCGAGAGUGAUGCAGAUGCUAGAAAAACUAUUGAGAAUCUCACUGGAGCUAAUCCAGAUACUAUCACUUUGGUUGGAGAUGAAUUUGAUCUUGGGAGCACACUCAAUACUAAUUUUUCAGGCAGCCAGAACACAAAGUGCAUAACAGUGGCGUCAACAACGAGCGGCAUGAUACACAGCGUACCUGUAGCUCAUAUAUCAGCUCCACGUAUAACUGGCAGUACCGUGCACUACUACACCAGUUCUGGUAUACAGGGUGCUCAGAGAACGGUACAUCACUUGCCGCAAGCUACAGUCACUAUACAGAGCAUACCAGGCUCCACUUCGCAGAUGAUAAGGGGCAUACCAUACAACGCGAAAUCCGGUACCAUCAGCACAGUGAUGUCACAAGGCACCGCCAACACGAUCAUCGGCUUCGGCACCCGGACGUCCAACGCGACUAUAAUCAGCACUCCCACACAAUACGUGAACGUUACUUCCAAGUCAUUUCCGACCGGUAACAUUCUCCAUAACGCUAUCAUGUCCAAUAUAGGCAACAAGAAUAUAGGAAAUAACGCGACUCCAGGAAUUUCUUUCAACGUAACGACCGUCCAACCACCUACAACGGUGGCUAAUAAUAAAUGCGACUUUGACACAAUUUCUACUACGAAAGACAUGAUAGAUAACGCGUGUAACUCUUCAGUUAUGUUGAAGAAAGUGUUGACCCUGGGUAGUACGGGUUCUGCCAAAUCAUUUAUUAUGCACAAUACCCAAAAGGUUCUGUCCACUGGUUUCGCUACCGGUUCUACUCCUCCCCCUAAUGUUACAAUUGUUAGCUCCGGUUCGAGCGGCAUGUUGAAUAACGGUAUGGGCAAUUCGAACAUUGUCUGUCCAACUUCAGGCAAUUUGAGUGCGACACACGCUACUUUAUCCGCUCUGUUGUCGACCAGUGCUGAAAAUAACCAGGCAAGUAAGAAUUAAUUAUUUCCGAAUUAGUUUUAACACUCCAAGAUCGAUAAAUAUGUUUAUUGUUUAGUACAUAACUAUUUCAAGUUUCUUACACACACUAAAGUAUAUUUUUGGAAAAUAGAUGUGAUAUUUAAUUAUGUACUUGAAAUGUAGAGUUUAGUGAAAUCUCAAAUGAAUGAUUUGAGAUUAAAAUUUGACAAUCAUGUGUUAUAUGGGUUUGACGUACCCGUUUAUAUUACCAAUUUUUUCAAGACUACAUUAUAAAUUAUUAUAACGAUUUUAGUGCAAAAUCGUGAAAUUUAGAAGUUAGUCCACUAACGUUAGGAGAAUUUGUAGUUGAUCUUAUUUUCAAAUAGUUUAAAUGUGACUUUCUGUCCACUUAAUUGUAUUUGAUGUACUUAAAGUUCCAAGUUCCAACCAUAUACCCUAGUACAUCUUUAAUGUAAAGUGUGUUCACUCAUUAUUUAUAGUUAGUGUUAGUUUGCAGAUUAAAUGUUAUAAUUGAUUUAUUAUUUCGUCUGAAAUAAUAAGACUAUUAUUAUAGGUACGAAAACUAUUAUCUACCUCGUUAGGUUACCUGACUGUUUUAUAAUUUUGUUUAGAUAAGCGUUAUUUUUAUAGAAAUUAGCAUAUUUGUGUUAACGUUAAAAGUGUGUUUCGAAAUGGUUGUAGGAUAUAUGUAUUAUUUUUUUAUUUUGCAGAAGCGAUUGUACCUAUUAGUUAUUUGGUAGCAUUUAUGCCUUAUUUAUGUAUUUCUAUUAUUUAAUUUAUUUUAACUUAAUACAUUAUUGAGUAUUAAUUCAUACUUUGCUCUUAAAUGUGUCUUUGUGAAUUUAUAUUCUGAUAUACUUUAGAGUAGGAAAAUUACUAUAGCUGAAGAAUUUCAAUGCCAAAAACUUCUUGGAAGUUAUUUCUUUUUAUCUUGUUACUUGAUACCUGUUAUAGCUUACAUGCUAGUGAAGAUUCAAUCUCUCAUUUGCAUUUGAUUGUACACUGUGAUUUAUUCGCUGUAGGAGUUUUUGCCCUUUUGAAAAGUUUUGCUUACUCUGUGCCAUUAAAAGUAAAGUCAUGUAGGUAAUUAAUAUUAUUUCUUUAUUAUUGUUGCAAAGAGUAAAUAGGCCUAACUGUAAUGCACCCUUUUGCCAUUAGCGUAGGUUCAAUUAGUUCGUUGUUUGUUGUAUAUGGAAUGCAAUCCAGCAUUCGAAAAAUAGGAAUAAGCAUUAUUUUAAUACAAAAAAACGAAUCGUUUUGUCUCUUAAAAAUCUCGAGUCUAUACAGACACAUAACAGGGAAAAAGCCAUAUAGAGCGGAGUCUGAAAGUUUGAAGUAUUCUUAAUGAAUUAUUAAUAUUAAUAUUAUAAUGUAAUUAUUUAUUAGUUAUUGUUAUUUAUUUUAUUUGUAUUGAGGACGUGUUCGCUUAGCUUUAAUAUCUCGAUUCUCGACUGAUGAAAAACAUGUAUUUUGUUAUUUCGUAUUUUUGUGUGAUCAAGGCUGUGCUUUAUAUGUUAAGAAAAACCUAUACGCGUUUAUUUAUUUUUGUUGUUGAUUGAGUUGUGUUUGUCAUUUUAUCGUGUUUAAGUUUUUUUGUUUUUUAAUUCGUGCAUUUGUUGACUGAACCUCUAAUAAGCUUGCUUAGUUUAUUAAUUUAGCUCGUAUUUAUUAUGGAUCUCGCUUAUUCUUAGGUCGCUAUUUUACAGUUAUAUCUAGGAUAUAUUUUGUUUUGAGUAAUGGAAAUGUAAAGACCAAAGACUACAUUACCAGUUUUUUUUUUUAUGUAGGCGUAAAACAAUUAAUUUAUUAGACUUUCUUUUCGUUACGUAGCUUUUAGUAUUAUUCAUCCUAUCUUUUUAUGGUCAAUCCGGUUUUCCGUUAUAUACACUAAGGAAAGAAAAUGCAUUCGCCUUCGCGCGUAUACUUGUAUACUCUUAUGUAUAUUAUAUCUUCUGGCCAGUCACUAUGAAGAUUUACUGACGCUGUCCGAAGAAUUUUCUAUUGUAGAGAAAAAAAAACUUAUGAUUAAGUACAUUAAAGUUAAUGUAUUGAAUAAAUCUGGCACCUUGAAAUUCGAAAAUUAUGGCUUUUGAUACGAAAGAAAAAUAGACAAAAAUAAUUUGAAUUACUUCUCCUUUUUAAAAACAGAUUUAUUUUUAUUAGUGCGCACAUAAAAGAGGUAGGUAGGGCAAGUAACGCUUAGAUUCAAUUUUAUUGAAUACAGAAAACGAAGGUUUAAUUUAUUAUUAUAUAAAUUCCGAUUUCCGCAAAGAAAUAAUUUCAAUAAUAUCGUAUUAUCGUAUAUAGUAUGUAUAUGAUAUUAUAUAUUAUUAUGUUCGAUAAACUAACCACAUUACUUUUGGGGUCAGAAGGAAAAUUAUGUUAUAAUACAUACAAUAAGGACAUAUUAUAAUAAGGAAAUGUUAUAUAUUUAAAUCAUGGCGCCCGCGCCAUUAUAAUCAAUUAUUUGCUUCUAUUCGAUUUACGCGAUAUUCCAUUUAUUUACGCCAACGCGUUUUUUUAUUACAAAGACGCAAGUUUCUCGGAUUUUUACAACUUUUUAAACAUUAUUAUAUUAUCUACUCUUUUUAAAAUUUCGAAGUGUAUGUGUAAGAAAUUAAUUUUCGGAAUAAUUUAUUAAGUCGAAGAUGGACUUGCUCAUUAUAAAAGGCUAAAUAACGCUUGUUCAAACAAAGCAUGCUUUAAAACUUAGCUUUAAGCUUUCGUGCAAUCAAUGCUUUACAUACUUAUAGAUAAAGUAAAUCAUCUGCAAUUUAUGUGUGGCAAUCGCUUUAUUUUUUAUUUAAGUAUACUUAUAUUUUUCUUAAUUAUUCCAUUAUUAUUAUUUAAUUAAUUAUUUUAGCUAGGCUUUUUUGCAAUGUUUUAUGCUUAUCCUUAGUUCGUUAAUUAUUAUAUUAUCAUGUGCCAAAGUAUUAUUAAUGUUCUUUUUCUGGUAUUGUACUUAUAAUAUAAAAUAAUAGUCAGCUCUUGUACCAAUAAACUUUCGUGUUAUAUUUUUCUAUCACAUUUACAACUGAAAGUGAAUUAUAGCAAUGUAUUACAGAUAUAAUAAUAUUUCAUUGCAUUUUUCAUAAUAAUAUAAGAAAAAUAAGUUUUGAUUAAAUCUAUAAGUAUUAUAAUUAGUGACUAAAAUUUGAAUUAUGGCUGUGUUGAAUUUGAAUGUGAAUUAAAACUAAAUGUAUGUAGUGUAAUAUUAUAAAUUUUACCCUCAUCAUUGUCUACGUACCUUUCAAUGAUCUCUGUGACUAUGUUUAAAUUCAUGUAAUAUCGGUGUUGUGAAAAAUCGUUUAGACUUUCGAGUCUGCUACAGAAAAGUGUUGUUAUUUGUAGUAGGUUUAGUGUAGGAAACAUAAUAUUAUGUGUUUAAACUAUAAACUGUAAUCUCGUAAUUAAUUAUACUUAGAAUACAAAAAAAAAAAAACAAAGUUAUAAAAUGUUUCACACUUCUCUCACAUCGACUCUUAAUAUUGUUUAUUUUUAUCAUAUUCCAGUUAAAUUUUAAAAUGUCUUAUAAUGUAAACCCGCCCUUUCCAUUCCACGCUUUUUCAGUUUUUUGACAUUUGCGUGCUAUUUGUUAUACUUAUGUAACUUUGUAGAUAUUAAACGAUGAGUUACUAAGCAACGU